AUGGUCAGCAAUCGCCUCAGUAAAGUCACCAAGCAGAUCAGGAAGAAGAAGGGCAAGAACCCAAAUCUACAUGAGGGUAGUCGAGACACACAGCGCUUGCAGAGUGCAGCUGCCCGAGACGACAAGCUCAACCGCCUAACUUCAUUACGAGAGAAGCAAAAUCGGCACUAUUGUAAGGCCAUGAUCGAGGACUAUCUGGGCCGAGAUGACGAGGAAGUGUUGAAGUUGAAGGCCGAGCGCCGCGCAGGCAGGGCGAGUACUGCGUCUGGAUUCUGGGUACCCGAUCUCGAGAACCUGGAGAAUCUCAAGAAGCUCAAGGAGUGGAACGGUCAGUGGGCUGGCCUGGCGACUCUCAAGUUCGCGCGCAUUUCAAGGGAAGGGGUGAAGAAGGAGAGCAGCUUCCCUCCGAAGGGUCUUUCUUGA